UUCGAUUGCCUUGAAUAACGUUUCAUCUCAAGCGGAAGUUGCAGUUAGAGUGUUGGGAACUAAAAUCCCAAAACAAGAAACAGAUGCGUUGCUCGUAAAUAAAUACUUCUGCAUUGUUUUGUAGUGUAAAUGAUGCGAAUCCUUCACUUUAAAAAUGAAUAGCGCUAUGAAAAAGUGGAAGCAGACGUGUGCAGAUCUUGCGCCGGGUUUAGACCUGACAUGCGGAAUUGUGUCUGUGGUCGUGCUGUCGUGUUUUUUUAGUGUCGUACAAUAUUGUUUACAUAUUUCGGGACACUUUUUCAGUCUGGAGUCCAGUGCUGUCAUCCGCGGCCAUGUCUACCAACUCCUCACCUAUUUCCUCUACCACAAGAAUAUGGGUGAUUUCCUCCUUGGUGGCCUCCUGAUGGUGUUUCCCUGCAGGGGUUUGGAGAAAGGAGUCGGCAGCGUUAGAUUCCUCCACCGGACGCUGCUUCUGUCCUCCAUCACGGGACUCCUGUAUGUACUUCUGGAGUCACUGCUGAUCUCUCCGUCUAGCAGGAGCUCAGUUAACGGCCUCAUCCCAUUAGCUCUGUCCGUCCUGGGAUUGAUGACCAUCAAUUCUGGCAUGAAGGUGGCCUAUAUAAUGGGCAUCAAUGUGCCUACUUCUUCUCUGCCCUGGAUUUUUCUAAUAAUCAUAACCUUGUUCGUUCCAAACACGGUCUUCAUGUGCAACGUCCUGGCUAUCGUCACAGGGAUAUUAUAUGGAAUGGGAUGGUUUUCACUGUUGGAGAUGUCUGAAUCCACAGCUUCUGUUUUGGAGAAGAAGAUCCCGUUUCGCUUGCUGAAGCACAUCCCUGGUGUCCAGUUCAUCCCUGCUUCAACUGAGGAACGUAAAAAGCCACUUGAUCUCUCAGAUGCUCCACCAGGGUCGUACCCGGUCCAGACUUAUUCCCUGGUAAACGCCACCAACAGUCCAGUGGUAGGAAAUCUGCCAAACACAUUUAACGGCUGGCCCGUCUCACUGCAUCCUCAACAGCAGCACACAUUCCCUUCAGCUCAAGCCGGAGCCCACAAUCAUGGACACUCUCACGGUCAUGGUCACAGCCAUGGACAUCAUCAUGGGCACAGCCAUCAUAACACUGGCAGCCCGUUUAUGCCAAUGUCACCAUACGGUCUGUCUCAGUUCAGGCCUCCAGUGAACAUGACAGGACAAGACUUCAGUAAACUACCUCAGCCAGGAGUGCCGUUCACACCUCACAUCCCACCGACUGCCUUUCCUACAGCAACUCCUGGAGCCUCAGAGUCCUUAUCCUCAUAGAGAUUUGAUGACUUGUACGAUGGUCACUGAUUUGUUCCUUCAUGGAAGCUUAUUUCUGCCACAGAAAAAGGGUCAUUUUUACUUUUUAAAUCACAGUUUUGAUCUUUUUUUUUUUUUUUUUUUUUUUUGGGGGGGGGGGUUUUGUAAAACUUUGUAGUAAUUACUCAUUUUUUCAGGAAAUAAAUUCACUUAAAGGUUAAAGGAACAGUGGACUUUAAAUAAUAAACUCAUUUUACAGCUCCCCUAGAUUUGAGCAGUUGGGUUUUAUCAUUUUUAAAUCCAUUCUGAUGAUCUCAGGGUCUAACGGGAGAACUUUUAGCUUAGGAGUGUUUCAUUUUUCCUUGUGUACUUUUUUCUCAGAAUUAGGGCUGGUAUAAUAAACCAAUAUAUUGUGAUUCA